GAUGUCUUUCUCUCGACUAGCUCUUUUUAGCGUUAUAGCUCUGAGAGCUAUUCACGUCGGUUUGGCUCACUACACAUUCCCUGACCUUAUUGUCAAUGGGACCGUCACCUCUGACUGGCAAUAUGUGCGGGAGACUGCGAAUCAUUACACCAACGACCCAGUUACUGAUGUGACUAGUGACGCCAUACGAUGCUAUGAGCUCGAUUCAACUUCUGCUGGUGCUGCUGGUAUUGCUACUGUCGCAGCUGGUUCAACUGUUGGGUUCCAGCCCAAUAUCGACCUGUACCAUCCAGGGUACCUUUCUGCAUACAUGAGCCCCGCAGUCCCAGCAGCAAACUCAAACAGUGCGGGCUUGAAUUCGACUUGGUUCAAGAUUUGGGAAGCGAAUCCCCAAUACUCCGCUGCGACAGGAAUGACCUUCCCUACUCAGAAUGAGGUUCAAUUUACGUUUACUAUUCCUAAAUCAACUCCAAGCGGACAAUACCUUCUCCGAGGUGAACAAAUUGCCUUGCACGUUGCAAGUACUGUCGGUGGUGCACAGUUUUACAUCGGAUGUGCACAAAUCAACGUUGUGGACGGAGGUGAUGGCACUCCGGGUCCUACGGUCGCUUUCCCAGGUGCUUAUUCUGCCACCGACCCUGGUAUUCUAAUUAACAUUUAUGCGUUGCCUGCUGGAUACGCUGGAUACCAAGCUCCUGGCCCUGCUGUCUGGAGUGGAUGAUUGCUCUGAUUAUAUAUUUGCCGAUCGAUGUCCACACACUUGUAAAGCGCUGAAUACAGUACUGUUGAAUGAAUUUGCCUUCUGAAUCUCACUCCUACAUUAUCAUAGUCGUUCGAGUCUUCAUCGUAUAACCACUCGUUUUACAAAUCGUACAAUUGACCAC